GGCGGCCUGCGUGGAGAUGACCCCGAGAUAACCUUGACCGCCUUCGUCUCGAUAGCCCUCACUGAGGCCAAGCAGGCCAGGAUCAGCUGCAUUGGUUUCAUUGAAACGGUCAUUUUCAAUAAGACAGCUGAAUACCUGAAGAGAGCGCUGGAGACGCCGGGCAGGAGGCCGUACACUGUGGCCAUCGCCUCCUACGCACUGGCUCUGCUGGGGAAAGAUCAAAACUACAACCCGACACAAUCUUUACUCAGGGCUGCAGCUCCAGGUGGCAGCCACUGGCCCGACACUAAGAACACCUUGUUCACCUUGGAGGGGACCGGCUACGCCCUGCUGGCUCUGGUCAAGCUGGGACGCAUGGCGGAAGCUGCAGCGCCGUUUAAAUGGCUGAACAGCCAGCGGAGGAGAGGAGGGGGCUUCGGCUCCACUCAGUCCACCAUGGUGGUGCUGCAGGCUCUGUCUGAGUACCUGAUCCACAAACCUCCUCCUGCUGACCUCAUUCUGGACGUGGACGUCAAGAUGAGAGGACGAAGGGAAAUCCGUUACCAUUUCAACCCCGAGAAUUCCUACGCUGCUCGCUCCUCCAGGCUGCCUGCUGGUCUGGAUUUGGAAGUGGAGGCUCGAGGGAAUGGACAGGGAAUACUGGAGGUUGUGACUUAUUACAACCAGCUGCAUGAGGUCGAUGAGAAAAUGCCCUGCAAAGAUUUUGAGCUCAAAGUCAACAUCGAAGAGUCCAGCGAAAAACCUCCAGCAGAUGUAGAGAAGUCCUACCAGAUCACCAUCAAAGUGAGGGCUUUAGGACCCAGAGAUGUCCGGAUGGUGGUUCUGGAUGUCAGUCUGCCAACCGGCUUCACUCCAGAAAACUCCGACCUGGAGAUG